AUGAAGAGCACGAACAGGAUGAAGACGGAGGCUUUGACGCUAAUGCAUUUAGACGGAAAAAGAAAAUACAUAGGUACAGGCAACAACAUUUACAGAAAAGUUGUUAUCAACCCAACCUCAGAAGACGACUUGCAAAAGUUUUGUAGAAAUUAUUUUAGAAUAUAUAAUUUCUCUCUGUACAACUUCAUCCGGAGACUGAUAUCGCUAGACGCGGUCGUCGUGUACUCGCUCUUCCUAACCGUCUACGUAUUUUCCGAAAUUAGCCAAGGGAUAACCAAAAAGUAUAUUUUUAUAGACACGGCCAUUUCCCUAUUUCUGAACAUUGCCAUUUUGGUAGUCACGGAAACGCUGUACGAGCUGAAGCAGCUGAAGGAUAUAAAGGAUGCGAAUUCGCAGUGCUACCUGAGGAUAGUGCCGAAGAUGUCUCACUUUGAAAAGGUGACAACAAAGGAUAUAAAAGUGGGGGACAUUAUUCGGGUGUUCCAAGGAGACGAAUUUCCAGCAGAUGUAGUCAUCCUUUACGUUAAGAACAAUUUAAAUGCUAUGGUCGAUUCAUUUAAAAUUGAUGGUUUGUUUAGGAAGAGCAUUAAGUACCCAGUGGAUAAGUACAAAAUCGACAGGGACUACCUAAAAAUGCUCUCCGAAAUUAACGGGUUCAUUAGAUGCGAACUGCCCAACAAGAACAUAUUCUGUUUUCAGGGGAACUUCAAGUUGGACAAGCACCCCAGGUCGUUGAUGCUAAGCUAUGAGAACUUCGCCCUGCAGUCAUCCAUCCUGAAGGGGGCGGAAUACAUAGACGCAGUGGUCGUAUACACCGGAGCUGACACAAAAAAGAACCUAAACAUUCCCCAAAAAAAAGAAGAGAGCAGAACGUUCUGCAUAAAGAUGAACAAUGUAGUGUACUACUUAAUCUUCAUGUAUUUCUUUUUUGUCCUCCUGAGCAUUAUAAUAAAGCUGACGUUUUAUCGCACGCAUGGGUCUCACCAGAGGACAAAGGACACCUUCUUAACCGUUCUGGAGGACUUCAUUGGCCUGUACAUUUUGGUGCUGCCGAUUAUGAUUUACUCGGAGAAGAGCCUUAUAUACAUCAUCCAGAGUUUGAAAAUAGAAAACGACCUGCGAAUGAAGGAGGGCCCGCACGGGGAGAAGCCCAAAGUUUUUAAUAAAAACAAGAAUGAUGCACUAGGGGCCGUGGAUCUGCUGGCAACAGCUCGAAAUGGCAUCCUUGUGAAGAAAAAGGAGCUCUUCGUGUCUUGCGCCGUGAACAACGUUGUGUAUGCCAAAAGCGACUUUGUCUAUUCGCGCGGGGAGUCUCGCUUGCCCACGCUGAACAUCCUGGACGGCGAAAGGUGCGCGUGGGGGAGGGGGAAAGGAAAAGAAAAGACAAGCAAAAGAGUGAGAGAAAAGAGGCAAGCAAAAGAAAGGAACGUGGGCGAGCUUUUAAACCUGGACGAACGGAUUUUCAAAGACCCCGAAAAUGUGCUCUUCCCCUCCAGGGACUUGGGGCUUUUCCUGAGAAUAUUCCAGAACCGCAUCGCUUCGAUUUACAACCCGUUCUCGGAUGACUUAUCGAUGGUCUUACGGGAGAGAUAUAGGAGUUACUUGAAGGAGGAAAUUUCGAACAAGACGGUGAAGCUCACGCCGUUCGUAAAGUCUAAGCUGAACGGGGGAUACAACCAAUUUUACGAGAACUUCAAAAACAGCUACACCUGCAAAGAGGUCCUGGAAGACGCGCAGGGAGGAACGGGCCAGGCAGAAAAAAUAGAGGAGUUCGUUUUGGGAAUAUGCGGAUGCAACAGGGUCAUUAUCUACAACGAAAAGUGUCUAGACAUGGGGAUGAAGGAGCAUAAAAGUGAAAGUUACAAUGACGCAUAUGUCAAGUACGAAAGGGAAAACAAGCACGAAAUUGUAAAUGAAAAUGUAAAUGAAAAUGAAAAUGAAAAUGAAAAAAGCGAUAAGCAUGCGCAAAGAGAAGAUGAAGAAAACUUCCACACAAUUGAGUAUGAAGAUAUAUGCCUGUACAACAUUGUAAAGAAUAUAGGCUAUCAUGUGUACUGCUACAAGGGUAGGUUAUUUUUUUAUAAUUUGAAAAAUGAAUGUCAAGAGUACCAUUUGAUCUGUUUUCACGAUUUUUUGAAGAGUAAUAAGUUUUCCAUGUGUAUUUUAAAACACGCAAAGGAGCUAGACAAAGGUGUCCUCUACGUCCGUGGCUACGACUUUAAUAUUCUUCCCUACUUAUCGCUAGCCAAGAAUGACAUAAGAAAAAUAAAAAGGAUCAUAAAAGUGUACACUAUGAAUUACCUGAAGGUUAUUCUCAUCUGCAAAAAGGAAAUUAAAAAUGAGGACAUUGGGAAAUAUCUCCUUUUGAAAGGCAUCCGGAAUAGGAACAACAGCAGGUUGUCCUUUAGGCUCUACGAUUUAAUGAAAAUAUUUUUAUUAAACGAUUUGGAAGUAGUCGGCAUGAUUGGGUUGAAGAACGACUUGAGAGAGGGGGUAGAGGAAGCUUUUCUAGACUUGGCCAAAUUUGAUAUUCGCUCGUGGAUAUUUACCAAUGAGUAUUCCAAGGACACCUACUUGACAGCGCUGGAGUGCAAUUUGAUUCCCCCCAAUUCGAGUUUAUUUGUAAUUAACCUUUUCAGUCCGCACGGGGGGGUAAGCAGUGUGGGCAGUGUAGGUAGCGUUGGCAGCGUUAACAGUGAAAGCAGCGUGCACCGCGCGAACCGCGUGAACAGCGUGGAGGAGGAGGAACCCGCUGACAGCAUGCACAGCAGGGCCAAUGCCCUCUUCAACAACUUUGCCCUCUCCCUGGAUAAGCUCAACUGCACGUCUUACGCCAUCGUAAUAAACGACGCGAGCAUAAAAAAUAUAAUGAGCAACGCGCACGCCAUGAAAAUGUUCCUCUGCAUAGCCAUGCGAGCUACAGUCGUUUUAUUUUGCAAGAUGGACAAUGAGACCAAGGGGAGAAUUAUAAAAAAAGUGCUCUCCCUAACGACCCCCAGGCUGACCAUCCUAGGGGUAGGGUCCACCCUAAACGACGCCUAUCUACUGAAGAAUACCACAAUCAGUGUGUGCCUAAGUUUGAACGAGCAGGUUAAUGUGCUGUACAGCAUAUCAGAUUACGUGCUGCAGGAGUUUAGGUACAUCGUCGAUUUGCUUAUCCUGGGGCGGCUGAAUAAAUUUUCCCUGAGCCGGUCCUUCCUCUGGAUAAUAUACCUAAAAAUCACGAUCGUCUCGCUUUACUUUUUCCACAACUUCGACAACUUCUUCUCGGGGUCGUCUACGUCGUCCAUCCUGUACACGCAGACGACCUUCGCCGUUUUUCACUAUUUGCUCAUUAUAGCAUUUUCUGCGUACGAGAUAGAUUUGCCCUACAAGUUCAUCCGGAGCGUCCCCUACAUCUACCAGUUGGCCAGACGGAAGUACUUCCUAAACAACACGAUAAUAAUGCUAACCAUCCUGGAAGCCAUGCUGAUUUCGCUCAUCUCGUACUACAUCCUGAGGGUGCACGUGUUCCCCCUGAUAACGCAUCGAGCAUUCACCUUCCACAUAUUUAUCCUUAACUUCUUUAUAACCUGGGAGAAGAUCUUGCUGCUCUCCAAAACAUGGCACUUGUACUUCUUCAUCCUGGCCGUUCUUAUCAUCUGCUUCCUAUUUGUGUACGUAAAUGUGUACACCCUAAUUGACUGCCUCAAAAUAGGGAAGUGCGAAUUGAGUCUCUUCCACACGGAGGACGCCUACUUUUGGCUGUCUCUCCUCCCCAUUUUGUACAUAAACUUUUUCGUCGACAAGGCGGCGCGGUUUAUCAGCAGCAGAAUCUACCCCGACGUAACGGACUACUUCCGGGAGAAGAUCCUAAAAAGGGAGCGGAAAGGGUCCUCAGAGAAACGCACAACAGAGGGUAGCCUAAGUGGUAAUCCAAAGGAGAGGGCGCAAGGUCCACUCAACCUGGAAGGUAAUGACAAAUUGAAAAAGUUCAUCCCGACGCCGAAGCAGUACAGCAUAAGAGACGACAACAAGUCCUACAGCCGGACGAAGAAGACGAAAUUGAUCUACGAGACCUUCAGAAGAGUUAUAGGCAUAAAUAUAAAGUACCGAAAUCAGCAGCUAAACUUGGAGUAUAAGACGUACGAAAAGAGAACAAAGCUAAAAUUGAGGACGAUAGGAAUUAUCCUGUUUUUCAUUUUCUUUUUAAUAUUUUUUGUGCAAGCGGUUGUUUCCAAGUACACGAAGGAAGGAAAAAUUUCGCUUAACGUUUUGACGUAUUUUUUAAUUUUGUAUUAUUUCCUGGUGACGGUGUGGAUGGUUUGUAUAAGGCUACGGAACAGGUCCAAUUCGAGUCUCUUCUUUUUGAUUGGCAGGUUGGUACUCAUAUUGGGAUUCAUCUUUGAGCUGUAUGACAAUGUAAGCAACGAUAUGAUUAACAUGCUGAUAGGUUACUCCUUUACCGUUUCGUACAUUUUUUUUCUUUCCUUUAAAAUAUUAGAAGGGAUAAUAAUAUGCACCCUCGUGUUGGUAUUAACUUCCUGGGUGUACUACGAGAAGAACAAAACGUUUGGUUCUAUGUGUGCCAAGUUUUGUGAAAAUCCGUAUCUCAGUUUACACCACCUGGAGGAGGUUAACAUCUCCUGUCUGUGCAAGCAACAGAUAGUGACCUUCCUCAUUUGCAUACUAAGCUUCACCUUCAUCUGCCUUUCGAUGAAGUACUACGAAAUUUACUACCUCAAGAAGAAGUUCCUCUUUAGAUAUAAGCAGAAGGUUAAUUUAACCAAGCAAAUUGAAAUUCUCCACACCAUGUUGCCCAGCUUUUUGGUUGAAUACCUACUGAUAAGUGACCCCAAGGCGGAUGGCAUAAUGGUUGGAAAGAAUAUAUCUGGAGAGGACAGAGGAAUCAUUUCGGUAAUUUUCUGCGACAUUGAUGAUUUCCAAAGUAUGGUUUCGACCCUUCAGCCUCAUGCCCUUGUAGAAACGUUGGACAAUUUGUACCUAUAUUUUGACAAAUGCAUAAAAUAUUUUAACUGCAUAAAGAUUGAGACUGUUUUUGAAUCUUACCUGGCUGCCUCGGGGCUGAGUGAGAAGAAGAAUGAUUGCGUAUACAAAAUUAGGUAUGACACCCGGUGCGCCAUCAAGCUCGCCAUCGCUCAGCUGAGCGCUAAGUACUACAUUUCUUAUAAGGUGCCCGCUGGGGGGAGCGACCACGGGGGGAGUAGCAGUUGUACGCUGCCCAGCCGCGGCGCUGACGAUGGACAGCACGGUGGGUACAACCACCACGAUGGGUACGCACAUCACAGUAGAUACGCACAGCACGGUAGGUUUAACCACCACGACAGGUACACGCACAAAAACAUUAGCCUGCGCAUCGGCAUACACACGGGGAAGGCCAUCAGCGGCGUCAUCGGGUCGGUCAAACCGCAGUACUCGCUCUUCGGAGAUACAGUCAACACGGCGUCCAGGAUGAAGUCCACCGCCCUCACGGACCACAUCCACGUCUCCUACGACACGUAUAAAUAUCUGGAGGACGACACCUCGCUGGUGUGGAAGGAGCGCAAGGUGUUUAUCAAGGGCAAGGGGGAAAUGAGAACCUACCUGCUGGUCGACAUUUUGGACGAGGCCAGGAAAGUCGAGGAGCCCUCGGACGUGGGCUUCUCCAGCUCCACGCUCUUUGGGAGGGCGGACGAGGCUCUCAUGGAGAAGCGCGGUGUGGAAGCUGCCCACAUGGAGAAGCGCCUCGUGGAAGAGGUCCACAUGGAGAAGCGCCUGGUGGACGCUGCCCACAUAGAUAACCGCCUGGUGGAAGCUGCCCAGGAGGGUGCAACGGGAAAGACGCCCCCCAAAAAAAAACCACACCCGAGUAAGAAGCCACACCCGAGAGAAAAGCCGCAGAAGGAAGGGCGGCCCAGAGAACCCCCCCACCAAAUUAACGCCCAAAGCACCCUAAUUGAAGAGAUGAUGGAGGUGUACGAGCGGGGGAGCGAUUCGCGUAGGAAGGACAGCUGGUGUUAUUACAGCAAAGCAGACAAUGCGAGUGACAGCAUGGAGAGUAACAACUUCCCGACCCACUCCAGAGCAUUUAACGAUAGGAAGUCCAAAUAUCUCAGUUUUGAUAAGUUAAAAUUAGCAGACAGUGUGCGAAGGAAGAAUCUGCACGAAUUGGAAUCCCCGGUAUAUUUAAGCGACGAAAUUGUUGGGGGGACAAACGAGUCGGAUGAAUUUUUUACAUCCCCUUAUGUAGAAGACGAGCACCAGGUGGGGGGUAUAAAAAAUGUGAGAAGGAGUAAAGCCUGUGUGAAAAAAGGUUCCUCCGAUUUUAUGAACCAAUUUGAUACGCCAGAUGGGGUUAUAAAGAACUACAUAAAGGAGAGGAGGAACUACCAAAGGAAAUUUUACGCGCCCCAUUUUUAUCUCGGAGAUGUACUUAAACGUUCUAAUGUGUUUAAAAAGGGGGAGAGGAAGAGAAGGGGGAAGAGGGAGCAACAAGCGGGUAGACGGACAGACACACACGAAGAGGGAGUGUCCUACAACUUUGCCAAUGGAAGCUUCUCAUCCAACUGGGAAUACUCCACAGAAUCGGAGUUCUUCUUGUAUGGUGAGAAAUUAAGGCAGAGUAAAGGGCACAUAAAUUUUGAUGACCUGUUUACCAAAAUAUACAGGAAAAAGAGGAACAUCCUCCAGGGGGACAUUCAGCACAUUCCGAGGCAGGGAUUCCUCCUCCCAAAGAGUAGAGCUAUAAAAGGGGGAAAAAAAAAAAAAAAAAAUCGCCCAAAGGGGGAACUCCCAAAUGGUGAUGUACAAAAUGGAGGAUCAAAAAGUGGGGCGCGUAAACAAUUUUUUCGUCACUGGGAGCAUCAAGCGGAAAGGAAGGGGGAAGACGUGGCUACCCAAAAUUGCAAUGACCCUUUUUGUGAAGACGUGCGGAAUGGCUUCCUUCAUUCGAGGGGCAGCAGCAGGGGGGGGGAGGAGAUGAAGGACCUGCGAAGGGGUCACACUGAUAAUCAGCUCCUCCCGAGAAGAACCAGAAGUUGUUUUCUCACAAAGCUGGAUGACCCCUUUGGUGGGGCAAAAACGUGGAAGGGAUUAAAAAAUGUGAAAAGGGGAAACUUGGAAGGAGCGGCCACAAUGAGCGGUGGCGAACGGGAGAAAGACAAAGCGGGAUGCCAGAACAAGCACAGGACAAGAGCUUCCUCCAGCCGUGGGGACGCUGCGCAAAAUAGACAGGUGCAUAAGAGGCAUAGAUUCUUACGGGAGGGAGUGCUGCUCGGGGCCGCCAUGCAGAGCAACACACCCCCACUGGGGAGGGAAGAACGCGCAAAAAGGAAAAAAAAAAAAAAAAAAUCGAGCAAAAAUGGAACACAGGUGAAGAAGCAGCAUGGGGAUGAGGGGAAUCACCCAAUUAGGCUCGCUUCAAACGAUUUGCUCAAAAAGAAAGAGGUAAAUUUUGACAGGGGGGAGCAGACAGGCUGUGCAGAAUCUUCCGCAGUUGGGAUCGGAUAUGGGGAAGGAGACAAUGCGCUUAGGGGGGCCCCCCCUGGAGGGCCAAACCCAACGGCGGAGAAUGCAACAGUUGAAAAAUCAAAACUGCAGAAGAAAAAAAUGGUGCAGAAAAAGAUAAGCUUCUACAGCUUGAAGGAUGAAAGGAGCGUGAGUUCGGGGUGCUUCGGGGGGGAGAGCUCCUGCGCUUUGAAGUCGAACGAGACGAACAGCGGUCCGAACAGCGGUCCGCACAGUGGCGCAAAGAAGGAGUACUUCUUCACGUACAGCCCCGCGGUUAAGAAGAAGAGAGGAGUCUUAACGAAGGUGAAUCAGGCGUUUAGGAGGUACUUCAAAAGCAUGGACGGGAGCGAGCGGGGGAGUCCUCCACGUCACAUGCGUCCUGAAGAGCUAACCAGCGGAGAGACGGCCCUGCCCAGAAAGGGGGCACAACGGAGCGAAGAGCUAAUCAAGACGAGCACAACUGUGAGCAACAAAAACGUAAACUUUGCUCACAAAUUUGAUAACUAUAACAAAAAUAAAUUGCUAAAAAAAUUGACAUCUACACUUCAAGUGGGGGAAAAAAAAGGGAGCAAUUUUAACAGAUUUUACUACAAAUUUAACGAUGAAGAGGUGGAGGAGGAAUACACACGAGGGUACUACCGAGAAAUAAUUAACAUCGACUUGACGAAAAAGCUAAUAAUAAUAUUCAUCAUCUCCGAAAUGAUUCUAAGCUUGUGUAAUGUGAUUGAGUUAUCCUACUAUGAGCAGAAGCUGAAGGCAAACGAUUUUAUUGUUAUCAUUUGGCUGAUAAGGUGCAUCUACUUAUUCAUAAUAACAUUCAUAUGGUUGCUACUAAAGGUUAAGUUGAAGGAGUAUAAAAAGAAUUCUAGCAAAAUGAUGUGGACGAUUUUUAUUUUGAACAUCUUCCUCUCUUCAUGGUGCAUUAUCAUCAUGGAUCUGUCGUGUAUCCAUUAUAGUAAUCUUGUUGGGAAUUCGAGCGACAGAUCUUUAUUCUUCAUGAAAGAUGCCACUGAGCUGAUCAUCUGCAUGCAGUUGAUAUUUAUCAAAAAUAUGUUGUUUAAACAUAAGUUUUUUUUUUUUGUUUUUUUUUUCGUUUUCCUGAUUUACUCCUUUUCCAAAUUAUUUAAAAUCCAUUUGUGUGAAAUUAGAAUAUGCUCCAGCAUCCUUCUCAUUCUUUUUAUUAACAUUUUAUAUUUUUGGUACACAGAAUAUUUAGACAGGACUCAAUUUUUAGUUAAGAGGAGAAGGAACCGGAUGGAGAAAACGUCUCAUGACUUUCUAACGAGGAUACUGCCAAGACAAGUUUUGGAAGAAUACCAAAAUGAUAACUUACAGUUAACUUAUAGCCAUGAAAAAAUCGCUUUUCUUUUUGCUGACAUUGUAGGGUUCACGAGGUGGAGCAAAACAGUUCCUCCUAAGGAUGUCCUAAAAUUGUUACAAAAAUUGAUAUCUAAGAUAGACAAGGAUACUAUCAAGUUGGGACUCUACAAGCUUUUCACCAUUGGGGAUGCCUACGUCGCUACUAGUCAACCGAAUUCCUCCAUCACUGAUGAGCGUGAAGCUGUAGAUGGAAUUCUAAACAUUUUUAAGCUAGCCAAACUGAUUCUACAUAACAUCAAUACCAUCAAAAUUCAGUUUAACAAACACGAUUUUAAUAUGAGGAUCGGUUUGCACUACGGGUCCUGCGUGGGGGGCAUCAUCGGGUCCGUCAGAAUUAGGUACGACAUGUGGGGCCUGGACGUCCUCACAGCGAACAAGAUCGAGUCCAACGGGAUUCCCGGCGAAAUUAUCUGCUCGGAGCAGUUCAAGAGCUUCUUCCUGGACCACGAGCCGCAGGCGUAA